UAACAAAACAAAAUUUAAUUCAAAAAGUUAAAAUGGCCGAAGGAAAGCUAUGAAGCUUCUUCAUCGAUAAAAUAUUUGGAAUUGAAAUAUCUUGUGAUUUAAAAUCUGUACACACCUCAAGAUGAAGGAAAUAAACAUAAACAUUGAGGGCUACAAUGUGAACGGUAUAUGUGUUGGCUGCCUCAAUUAUAAUCGCAAAAUGUUUUACAGCGAAGAAGUCAAGGACUGUUUUAAAAUAUUGGCAAAUAUUGAUGUGCCAGACGGUCUAACAAUACAAGUAUGCUGGGAGUGCAUGGCGUCAGUCAGAGCCUUGGGCCAGUUUCAGACUCAGAUCCUGAAGUCUUACCAAGUUCUUAUUGACUACUCUAGACAGAGUCCGUUCCUGAAUGCCCCGGAAGACCUGACGGUCCAUGCGACACAGCGGCUCAACCCCAGCGCAGUCUCCGUAUGGUGCAGCACUCCGGGGGACACUGCCGGCCAGGAUGGUCUUGAGGUGGAGGUCCCCCCUGCUGGGCUGAAGACAGAGUUGGUGCAGGUCAAGGAGGAAGUUUCAGAUGACGAUUUUCCUUCUCAAACAGACGAGCCAGACUAUGAACCACUUGCCACAAACCACACAAACACACUCGAUAGUCCAAUGUCAAAAUAUGAAUCGUCAGAUGAAGACAUCCAACUAUCUGAACUGAGGAAAGGAAAAGAGAAGAGAAAGGCUAAGAAAUCUAAGAAGGAAGGUAGCAGAAAGAAAAAGGUGAAAGAAGUUAGUAAAAAGAGUAAAGAAGAAGUAAAAAGUGCUAAGGGAGAAACAAAGACUUUGAGGAAGAUGAAAAAUCUGUCUGAGGAUCUAGUGCAGCUAUUCACGAUGACAGAAGACCAGAUGUGGGAGAUUCGCGCAGCUGAUCUCGAGAGCAAGGACUUUGUCAAAGUGAAGUACAAGUGCAAUGACUGCAUAAUUGUAUUUAACUCGGAGAAGUAUAUGCAGGACCAUUUCAAAGGGAAACAUAACCCUAAAUCGCCAACUAGCUACCAAUGCGACGUCUGCAAGUCUUAUCUCUUAACGACAGAUAACGCAUCCGUCCACCGCUCCCUUCACUUGAAGGCGUACAGUUGUAAAAUGUGUCAGUAUACAACUACGAUGAAGCGAGCUAUGUCCAGUCAUACGAGAUUGCACAAGUCGGAAACACAAAAAUACGAGUGUGCUAUGUGCAAUAAAGCUUUUGCAACUAAAUCGAAGCUGACAUACCACAAGAACGUGUGUAAACAGGAGAAGCCCCAGUGCGACUGUUGUGGAAAAGUCUUUGCUAACAAAGUCACCUUGAAGUAUCAUCUCAAUGUGAUGGCGGGAGUGAAAUCGUCGAACAAACCGAAAGAAAAGCUGAGUAUCCCGUGCAAGGGGUGCGGCAAAGUGUUCCCUUCGAAGAAAAGCUACAGGGCGCAUGUCGUAAUCCACGACGGCCUAGAAUACCCGUGCCCGAAGUGCGGCAAAUUAUUCCAGUGGAAGCGCAACCUCGCGAGACAUCUGCGCAACCACUCCGACCGAGAGACAGGCGCCAGGCACGAGUGUCAACAGUGCGGGAAAAGAUUUAGCUCAAGAGACUGCUAUAAUAACCAUAUGCGAUUUAGCAAGAAGCAUGUGUCACAGGAUAGUUAUGUGCACAACUGCGGCUUCUGCGGCAAGAAGUUCCCCACCAAGUGGUGCCUCGUGGACCACGUGGACUGGGAGCACCUCAAGAAGAUCAAGUACCAGUGCUCUGUUUGUGCCAAGCCAUUCAAAACAGCCAAGAUAAUGGUGGCGCACGUGAACAACAUCCACGGCGGGCGCAAGCAGCGCGAGCCCGACGGCGAGCACCUGUGCGACAUCUGCGGGAAGUACUAUAAGACUGAAAAGCGUCUCAAAGGCCACGUAUGGGCGAUGCACACGCACCGCUCGACCACCAAGAGCUACAAGUGCGCGCUGUGCCCCGCCACCUUCACCUGGCAGACCUCCGUGUACAAGCACGUCAAGUGCAUGCACCAGAACCCUAAACGGCAACCGCCACGACCGUCGCAACCGAAGGUAGAAUUACAACCGCAACAAUACUACACGGUGCAGACAGCGACCACGCCAGCCACGCUCUCACACGCGCCACACGCACUGCACGUGUAUAGCGUGCCCGGACGAUAGACUAGUGUCUUAGUGUAAAAAAUUGGAUAAAUACUGUGAAAACUGCAUCAAAAUCGGUUCAGCCAAACGCGAGAUAAUUACUGCCGCUGGUGAAGAUUAGUGAAGCUGAGACUUUUAGUGUGCCGGACAAUAGACACUGUGAUAAUUAUUGUAAUUAUGCAUUACAAGUAUAAAAUGAUUAGAGUACCCCAGGGCUCUAUUUUGAGUCCACUGGUGUUUAUAAUCUAUCUAAGUUUUAAGUUAUUCUAUUAGGAUGAAGUACCAGUUCAUUCAGUUUAGAAUAAUUAACUUAACGCAGUUGUAAAGUUAU